GGCCGGCUCCGCAGCCCCGCGCAGGCGCCCCAGGGCCGCGCCGAACCAAGCCCCUCCUGCUCCCUCUAGGAGUCAAAAUGGCGGCGAGGGGAACCUGGAGCAGUCCCGGAGCCUGAACCACUGACAGGAGCGGAGAGGGCGGCGGCGACGGCAAGAGGAGGAUGGCCGGGGGUGCUGGCGCCGGUGCGGACGGUGGUGCUAGUGGCGGCGGCGGCGGGGGCGACGGCAACGGUCCCAGCGGCGGCAGCAGCAGCGGCGGGAGGAGCCUCCGGGAAAUGGAUGAAAAGAGGCUGCUGGAUCCAGGAUUGAAGGUUCAUAAAGGCCUCUGGGAUUAUCCUCUGAAAAACCAGCCGAUGGGAUGCCUGAGUGACUAAAGACAAUGGGUGCUAAUGCAUCUAACUAUCCUCAUUCCUGUUCCCCACGAGUAGGGGCUAACUCACAAGCCCAGCAGACCUUUAUAGGAACAUCAUCCUAUUCUCAGCAAGGCUAUGGUUGUGAAUCCAAAUUAUAUAGCCUUGACCAUGGCCAUGAGAAACCACAAGACAAAAAAAAGAGAACCUCUGGCCUUGCCACCCUCAAAAAGAAGUUUAUUAAGCGUCGAAAAUCUAACCGGUCUGUUGAUCACUCCAAGCAGAUGCGAGAGCUCCUCUCUGGGUGGGAUGUUCGAGAUGUCAAUGCAUUAGUGGAGGAGUAUGAGGGAACGUCAGCCUUAAAGGAACUUUCUCUACAAGCCAGUUUGGCUCGGCCAGAAGCCCGGACAUUACAGAAAGACAUGGCUGAUCUUUAUGAAUACAAGUAUUGUACUGAUGUAGACUUAAUAUUUCAAGAAACUUGUUUUCCUGUUCACCGUGCCAUUUUGGCGGCAAGGUGUCCAUUUUUUAAAACGCUGCUUUCUUCCUCCCCCGAGUAUGGAGCAGAGAUAGUAAUGGACAUCAGCACAGCUGGUAUCGAUAUGCCCAUGUUUUCUGCUUUGUUACACUACCUUUACACAGGAGAGUUUGGGAUGGAGGACUCGAGGUUUCAAAAUGUUGAUAUCCUUGUUCAGCUUAGCGAAGAAUUUGGAACACCAAAUUCCCUCGAUGUGGAUAUGCGUGGACUCUUCGACUACAUGUGUUAUUAUGAUGUUGUUCUUAGUUUUUCUUCAGACUCUGAACUGGUUGAAGCUUUUGGUGGAAAUCAGAACUGUUUAGACGAAGAGCUCAAAGCUCACAAGGCUGUUAUCUCAGCACGGUCUCCAUUUUUCCGAAAUUUGUUACAAAGGAGGAUACGGACUGGUGAAGAGAUCACAGACCGAACUUUGAGGACUCCCACAAGAAUUAUAUUGGAUGAGUCCAUUAUACCAAAAAAAUACGCAAAAGUUAUAUUACACUGUAUGUAUACUGACUUGGUGGACCUCUCCGUUUUGCACUGUACCCCCUCUGUGGGGAGUCUCAGUGAAGUUCAGGCUCUCGUCGCUGGGAAGUCAAACAUGACGAGAGCCGAAGAAGCCAUGGAACUCUACCACAUAGCACUGUUUUUGGAAUUUAACAUGCUUGCACAAGGCUGUGAGGAUAUCAUUGCUGAGAGCAUCUCAUUAGAUACCUUAAUUGCCAUCCUCAAGUGGAGCUCGCACCCAUAUGGCUCUAAGUGGGUGCACCGGCAAGCUUCCCAUUUCCUCUGUGAGGAAUUUUCCCAGGUCAUGACUUCGGAUGUUUUUUAUGAACUCAGCAAAGACCAUCUCCUUACUGCUCUCCAGUCUGACUACCUACAGGCAAGUGAACAAGAUAUCCUUAAAUACCUGAUGAAAUGGGGAGAGCAUCAGCUGAUGAAAAGAAUAGCAGAUAGAGAGCCCAAUUUACUGAGCGGCACUGCUCAUAGUGUGAGCAAGAGAGGUGUAAAGAGGCGAGACCUGGAUGUCGAAGAGCUCAGAGAGAUCCUUUCUUCUCUCUUACCUUUUGUGCGGAUCGAGCACAUCUUGCCUGUAAGCAGUGAGGCCUUCAGUGAUGCCUUGAAAAGAGGAUUGAUAAGUACUCCUCCAUCAGAUAUGCUUCCUACAACAGAAGGAGGAAAGUCAAAUGCCUGGUUACGUCAGAAAAAUGCUGGUAUAUAUGUUCGUCCUCGGCUCUUCUCCCCCUAUGUGGAAGAAGCGAAGUCGGUGCUAGACGAGAUGAUGGUGGAACAGACAGACCUUGUGCGUUUGCGAAUGGUUCGAAUGUCCAACGUGCCAGACACACUUUACAUGGUCAGUAAUGCCGUGCCCCAGUGUUGUCACAUGGUUAGCCACCAACAGAUCAGCAGUAACCAGUCCAGCCCGCCUUCAGUCGUAGCCAACGAAAUUCCAGUCCCACGUCUGCUUAUUCUGAAAGACAUGGUCAAGCGCCUGCAGGAACUCCGACACACCGAGCAGGUGCAGCGAGCCUACGCACUCAACUGUGGGGAGGGCGCCACCGUCAGCUACGAGAUCCAGAUUCGUGUCCUGAGAGAGUUUGGUCUUGCCGAUGCUGCCGCAGAGCUCCUGCAGAAUCCACACAAGUUCUUUCCUGAUGAACGUUUCGGGGAUGAAAGUCCACUCUUGACAAUGAAACAGUCUGGACGAUGUCGGGUUAACAGCACCCCAACCGCAGAAACCAUGUUUACAGAUCUGGACUCUUUUGUGGCCUUCCAUCCACCUUUGCCCCCUCCUCCACCUCCAUACCACCCCCCAGCCACCCCAAUCCAUAACCAACUCAAAGUGGGCUGGAAACAGAGACCUCCCAGUCAGCCUCCUUCACGGUCCUUUUCUUAUCCCUGCAACCAUUCCCUGUUUCACUCCAGAACCCCUCCCAAAGCUGUCCCUCCCCCCGUCUACCUGCCAAGUGUGAAAGCAGCGCCCCCCGAUUGUACGAACCCUGCAGGACUGGGGAGGCAGACAGUGGCUGCCGCCGCCGCCGCUACCACAUCCACAACCACAGCAGCUGAGAAACAAGCGUGUCCUCAGCCUGUGCUGAAUGACCUAAUGCCAGAUAUUGCCAUGGCCGUGUCCACAUUGUCACUCAAGGACAGGAGGCUUCCCGAACUUGCCGUAGACACAGAAUUAAGUCAGUCUAUCUCUGAAGUUGGACCGGGGCCACCCCAGCAUCUGUCACGUGUUCCACAGAGGCACACGCACACCUCUCAGAAGAAACACACGCUAGAACGGAAACCAGAUCCAAAAGGAAAUCUACAGGAACGCCAAGAUUUCUAUGGCUUCUCAAGCACAGCUUGUAGACCACCUUCUCCUGCUCCCAGCAGACGUAGCCCUCCCCCGCCCCAUGGUGGAUAUCUGGGGCCCGAUUUGUACAGCCACAGUAAGGCAUCACCAAGUGGCUUAAAGUCAGCCCACCCAUCUAAUCAGACAUCCCCUCAAAAACAGGAAGAAUCUAGGAGAGAACACCCGCUGCCCCCCGAUGGGCAUCUAUACAAACAGAAGAAGGGGCCUAUCCACCUGGAUGUGGUCGAACAGCCUCCCCAGCAGUGCGAAAACACUGGGACUGGGUCAGCCCACGGCAGGGGGCAGACAGCAGGAGAAACAGACUUGACUUUUGGGCUGACUUCUAACAGACCUUCCCAUCCCGCAUGUAAUGCUGAGACAGCAGAAGAGAGGUCUACUAGGAGACUGGCAGACAGUGAGUCCCUGGGCCACGGAGCCCCGAGAAACCCGGAUUUGGAGAGAGAGGAUUCCGGAAGCAGAGGAAGAAGAUCACCAAACAAGCCCGACUUCCUCUACAAAAAGUCUGCCCUCUGACAGCAGCCUCCGCGUCGUCUGUGCCUGAGAUGUGAGACACCCCAGUGACGAUGCGGCCCAGCAACUUACAGACCAGUUCACAAUGCCAGCUGAUAGCUCGGGCUCCCAUGACCUUAUCCUCGGUUUUGUACAUAUCUGUUUAUUAGAUACAGCAUGCUAAGAGGGUUAUUUUGAAUGCUGCAUCUGUCUCUCUUGUGUUUGAACACUUGUGUGGGGAAGCAUUUUUAAGAGCAAACAAGCUGGCAUUUUUUUCUCUUUACAAAUGAUGGAAUUUUUUUGUACUUGUACAUUUAUUUUAUCUGUAUUGGUUUUAUAUUUGUCUGCUAAACUAUCGGCACAUUUAAAGGACUGUAUUUUCAUACUUUUUUGCAUUUUACCUUUCAUCUGCCGAUUCCUGUGUGCAUUGGAUUGCACACUCAGAUGUAUUUUCUUAUGAAAUAGUUCUGUGUUUAUUUUUUAAUUAUAGAAAUUCCAAAGAACAGCACAUCAAAAUCUUCCUCUCUUUUUCAGUCAUAAUUUGAGUUCCGAACCCUUCCUGCUCAAUCUCCAUUAAUCUAAUGUCUUUUCUUUUUCCGUCCGUGUCGGGAGCUAGUGUCCAUUCCUCUGGCGGGAGUCCACACAGGAUCCUGACCUUUCCUGGUUCCGUCAGGCCCGCGGGAGGAGAACCGCCUCCGCAUCCAGGUGCAGCGGGUUGAUUUGUCCACAGUGUGGA